UUAAGAGCUGGAAGAUGAAAGCUCCGAUCCCUCACUUGAUUCUCUUAUAUGCUACUUUUACUCAGAGUUUGAAGGUAGUGACCAAAAGAGGUUCUGCUGAUGGAUGCACAGAUUGGUCUGUCGAUAUCAAGAAAUACCAAGUUUUGGUGGGAGAGCCUGUUCGCAUCAAAUGUGCACUCUUUUAUGGUUAUAUCAGAGCCAAUUACUCCCUAGCCCAAAGUGCUGGACUCAGUUUGAUGUGGUACAAAAGCUCUGGUCCCGGAGACUUUGAAGAGCCAAUAGCCUUUGAUGGAAGUAGAAUGAGCAAGGAAGAAGACUCCAUUUGGUUCCGACCAACGUUACUGCAGGACAGUGGUCUUUAUGCCUGUGUUAUCAGGUAUGCUUUUCAUCUUGUUACUGUUCAAUCAAUGAUAUCACAGGUUGCUGUCUUAUAUACCUAG